AUGCAAUCAGCCCAUAAUAAUAUGGAUAAAGAAAAAUCUAAUGCAGUUGAUCAUGAAGCAGACAAAAUGGUACAUUCUCCAAUGACUUCAUCAGCACCAACUGAAGAAGAUGCCGUUGAACCUAUUUCUCAGGAACAUUCAACCACUAACAAUACAAAAUCAAAAGAAGAUAUGAUAAUGAGUACUAGUAAAAGUUAUAAUGACACUUGUUUAAUAUGUGGAGCUCCAAGUAAUGGUGUUCACUUUCAAGUAAAUAGUUGCAGAGGUUGUGCUGCUUUUUUUAAAAGAACAAAAACUUUAAAUUUAGAUUAUAAAUGUAGAAGAGGAUUAAAAAAUUGCGAAAUUGUUUUUGAUAAAUUUCAAAAAUGUCGGUAUUGCAGAUACAUGCGUUGUAUUAAAGUUGGUAUGACAUUAAAAACAAAUAAUAAAAUAUCAAAAGUUGUUGAAACAACAGAAGAAAUAAGAAAUACUGAAUUUAAAUCAUAUAAUAACUUUGAACAACAAUACGUCACUUUAGAUUAUAACCAAAAUAAUAUGCAGAAGACAAAUUCCCAUCAAUCUACAUAUAUGUCUAUAGAUGAUUCGAUACCACCUACUCCAAAGUCAUGCCCAUAUGCAUCAUUUGACAAUCCUAUUCUUCCACUUGAAGGAGAUUUUCGAUUAAUGGUUCAAAAUAUUAAAAAUACUUUCAAAAUGCCAUUGUUAGGAACAUCAAAGUUAGGUAAUUUACCAAUAACUUGUAUUCAAAGAGUAGCCCUGGCAAUAGAAAAUUACUUUCAAAAGUGGAAUUUCAAACAUAUAUCUGAAAUAAAAAUUGUUAACACAGUUAAAGCAAUUCAAUUUUUAGAAUAUAAGCAAAAAUCACUAACAUUUAUGGCAGAAUUGUUAAUGCAUCUUCCAGAAUUUGUACAACUAGAAUUGACUGAAAAAUUGUAUAUCUAUAGACAUUUUUGGCCUUUAUUCUCAACUUUUGAAAAAAUUAUAUCAUCAAAUAUGAUUUUUGGAAAGCAAUCUCAGAGUCACUUACUUAUCUUGAGUAGUGACACAGCUUAUAGAUUAGAAAAUUUCUCCUUUGAACCAGAUCUUAUAACUGCAGAAACAGCUCAAGAAAUGUCACGAUUAGUUAAACCAACACAUGAAUUUUUUAUUAGACAUUUGUAUACACCUAUUCAGAAUAUGGAACUAGACCAAAAUGAAAUAGCUUUUAUAACUUUACAAAUAAUAUGGUCAGAGAAAAAAAACCCUGGUUUAUCAGAUGAGACAAAAUUAUUUAUGGAAAAAAUGAUUAAACUUGCUAGUAAUGAACUUCAUAAUUAUUAUGUACAUCAUAAAAAACUUGAUAACUAUGCUUGGAGAUUAGCUGAAAUGAUGAAACUUCUUCAAAAUGCUCAACAAUAUAGUGAAAAAUUAAAGGAAACAUUUUUGGUAGCUAAAAUUUUUGGUAUCUUUGAUUGUAGUUUUUCAGAAUGUGAAAUCAGUGCUAUGUACUAG